AAAGAAAAGAAAACCGUAUUAGGUAGGCACAUAAUAAAAGUGGCCACAAGCACAUGAAAGGAAGCAACAACAAAUAUGGAAAAAAAUGAAACAAAAUAGGUAUACAAGUUUUUGAUUGAGUUUGAGUUGUUUGCAUGGCCGCUAUUAAUAUUCGGAGAAUAAUCCAUUAUCUUCCAGCAAAUUGCUGACCAAAUGACACGUUUAUACUUGCACAACAUCAUAGCCUUCUUUAAUUGCAGAAAAGCACGCCCUCCAUUUCCGAUUAACAUGGAUUUAUAGGUUGACGAAACCAAGACAAGAAGAUCUGCACCUUUUUCACUACUUUGGCUUUCUGCUUUCAUUGCAAUCAUUUUACGUAUUCAUGAUAUUGAUACCCAAAGAAAAACAAGUUUAGAAGAAGGGAACAGUAGUUUUGUAGUUGUGCAGGUGUAUUAUAUUGUGGGGGUGUUAAAAAAUAAGGAUAUUUGAAGAAAUUAGGAAAAUAUGAAGCUGAUGGAUGAGGAUCUGGGAACAGAACGCGCAGAUGAAUUUGCGACGGAUGAUGAAGAAAAUCAGGCAGAAAGGGUAUGUGAAAUCAAUGAUGAUUCAGAAUCUGAUUACUCUGGCCAUUCCAUGGCCUCGGAUAAUGCCACCGAUAAUGGUCAUACCAUUUGGCCUCAGAGCUACAGGGAUUCAGUGGACAUGUGCACAAGUAUCGCAUCCCCUUCCUUUGGUUUCCUGAGAGGGACUAGUCUGACAAGACUUGGCAGUUCCAUGCGCUUACCAUCCAAGAGAAAUCUAGCUUCUGAUGUUGAUUCCUUGCCCACUAAACCCCUAAUUUCUGAUUUAGAAAAAGUAGUCCCUGAAAAGUUGUCCAGUAGAAAAUUAUCUCUCAAUGACUAUGAGUUGCCUCCUCAGAAGAAGCAGAGUUCAUUUGCUCAAGCAGUUCUUAAUGGAAUCAAUGUUCUAUGUGGCGUAGGACUUCUAGCAGCUCCCUUUGCGGUCAAAGAAGGAGGGUGGUUGAGCCUCUCACUGAUCUUAUUGUUUGCUGUCAUUGCUUGUGAUACUGGGAUUUUAUUGCAGAAAUGUUUAGAUAGCUCUCCCGGACUUCGAACUUACCCUGAUAUUGGACAGGCUGCUUUUGGAAAACCUGGUCGCCAAAUGAUAGCUAUAAUCUUGUACAUGGAAUUAUAUGCUGCUUGUGUGGAGUACACAAUCAUGAUGGGUGAUAACUUGUCGUCAUUGUUUCCGAACACCAACAUGUAUAUUGCGGGAAUGCAUCUUAACUCCAAUCAACUCUUUGCCAUAACAUCAACCCUCAUUAUUCUUCCAACUGUUUGGCUUCGAAACCUUAGCUUUCUCACGUAUAUCUCAGUCGGAGGAGUUCUUACAACUGGUCUGGUGAUGCUUUGCCUGGUAUGGAUUGGGGUGGUAGACAAUGUGGGGUUUCAUCUUAGCGGAACAGCCUUAGACUUGGCAAAUCUACCUGUUUCAGUGGGAAUAUAUGGUUUUUGCUAUGCCGGCCAUUCAGUUUUUCCAAACAUAUAUUCUUCAAUGAAAGAACCAUCACAAUUUCCUUGGGUUCUUAUAAUUAGCUUCUUUUUUGGGUGGGUUUUGAACACUGGGAUAGCAGUCUGUGGCUACCUGAUGUUUGGUGAUUCAGUCAAGUCUCAAUUCACUUUAAACAUGCCCAAACAAUUGGUGGCUUCCAAAGUUUCUCUCUGGACAACGGUUGUGAUCCCAAUGACAAAGUAUGCCUUGACACUUACACCAGUUGCAUUGAGUUUGGAGGAAUUGAUUCCUUCAGCCCAGCUUCAAACUUACAGUGUAUCAAUAGUCAUCAGAACAAUUUUAGUAAUUUCAACUUUGGUUGUGGCACUCACAGUUCCAUUCUUUGCUUCUUUGAUGUCAUUAGUAGGAUCAUUUCUUACAAUGCUAGUUACUCUUAUUUUUCCAUGUGUAUGUUACCUGAGCAUACUUAAAGGUAGACUAUCUAAGUUGAAGAUUGCAGUUUGCCUUUUCUACAUUACUAUUGGAGUAGUAUGUGCAUAUGCUGGGACAUAUUCAGCCCUCACAAGAAUUGCUAAUCAAACGAAUGAGUGAAGAAACCAGCAUCUCUCUGCUGCAGCUUAUCAUCUUGUGCCAUUGUGUUCAACAGAAAAUUUAUAGUAAAAUUCCCAUUUAUCUUUCGAAGAGAUUGACUGAAACAGCUAGACAAGAAAUUGAGAUCAUAUUAUCAAAGCCACCAUAACACAAAUGGAUAGAGCUCCAGUUUUGGCAAUAGAAAAACAUUGUCUGCAGUUAAAUUAUGAAAAUGUUUUUGAAAUAUCAAAUGCUCAACUUAAUGUGUAUGGUUGAUACCCUGUCUCCCUGUCGAUUUCUUCGAUUUGACAGAACUUCGCCUUUCUUUCUUUAU